ACGUAUUGACGUUUCAUUUGUCUCUUCCUUGUAGAAGGAAAGUUUAGCCGGGAACAUGGCGGCGAUGAAGUGGUUACUGGUUGGGGGGAUUCUGCUUGCACUUUGCGGGGGCUUUUCUGAUGGGCAAAAGAAGAAGGAGAUGUUGUUAUCGGAGAAGGUCGGACAGCUUGCUGACUGGGCUAGCAAGAGACCUGUAAUUAGAAUGAAUGGUGACAAAUUUCGUCGCCUCGUCAAGGCUCCCCCCAGGAAUUACUCUGUUAUUGUAAUGUUUACUGCUUUACAGUCACACAGGCAGUGUGUUGUGUGCAAACAGGCUGAUGAAGAAUACCAGAUCUUGGCUAACUCGUGGCGUUAUUCUAGUGCCUUUACAAACAGGAUUUUUUUUGCUAUGGUGGAUUUUGAUGAAGGAUCAGAUGUCUUCCAAAUGUUAAAUAUGAAUUCUGCUCCAACCUUCAUUCACUUCCCUCCUAAAGGCAAACCCAAGAAAGGAGACACAUAUGAGUUACAGGUUCGCGGUUUUGCAGCAGAACAGCUUGCACGCUGGAUUGCAGAUAGGACAGAUGUUAAUAUAAGGGUAAUAAGGCCACCUAAUUAUGCAGGACCAUUAAUGCUGGGCUUGUUGCUGGCAGUGAUUGGUGGCCUUGUCUACUUAAGGAGAAGCAAUCUUGACUUCCUUUACAACAAAACUGGAUGGGCACUGGCUGCUUUGUGUUUUGUGCUGGCUAUGACAUCAGGGCAGAUGUGGAAUCACAUUAGAGGACCUCCUUAUGCACACAAGAAUCCACAUACUGGCCAAGUGAAUUAUAUCCAUGGAAGCAGCCAAGCCCAGUUUGUGGCUGAAACACACAUCGUCCUCUUGUUCAAUGGUGGAGUGACACUGGGAAUGGUUCUGUUACACGAAGCUGCUACUUCUGACAUGGAUUUGGGGAAGAGAAAAAUUAUGUGUAUAGCUGGUUUAGGCCUGGUGGUCAUAUUCUUCAGCUGGCUGCUGUCUGUCUUCAGAUCCAAAUAUCACGGUUACCCAUACAGUUUUCUUAUGACUUAAACAGGAAGAAAGGUACCAGAAGGGCAGCAUGAAACUUGACUGCAAUGCAAUAUCAUAAAAGAUUAAAGCUAAUCUAUUAUACCCUCUGCUGUCAGACAUUAUUGACCACUGUUGCUGCAGGGUGUUUCCUCACACCACAGCAUCUGGAUUUGUUGUGAUUGAGAUUAAAUUUCUUUUUGUGGGUGAACCAAAGAAGUCAUGCAGUGCCUUAACAUGCAGUAAUUUUUGUUUGUUUGUUUAUUUCUUCAUGAGAAUCCCAAUUACACCUUUAUUUUAUUUUAACCGGCAACAUAGUGACUUUGUUUAUCUUUUUUUUUUUUUUUGCUUUUACAAUGGUUUUUAUGUUAACUAAUCUAUUUGUAGACAGGAUUUCCAGCAAUACCUACAACACAGGGAACAGUUAAUUGAGAGAGAGAGAACUUUUUGUUUGUUUUUGUUUUAUUCCCUUCUACUAUUACUACAAAUGUCCUGAUUUGUAAUUUAAAGGAAAAUUGUAUCUGGUUCUGCAUAUUUGUUUUGACUUCCCAUUUUUAACAUUUUAUCAUUUGUUGUAAAAUGUAUGCACAUGUUGUAGAGCUUUUGUCGUGAAGUACAUUCUGGGUACAUGUUUACUGGUGUGAAAUGCCUUAUUCUGAUUCAGCCCUACAGAAACUUCAUAAUAUAUGUAGCUGUGACUGUCAUCCAUGGUAAAAAAAAUAGUAAAUUAUUUCAAUAUGGGGGAGUUUUGCAUUUAUUACGAACAUAUAUGCAAAAGUACUCUACAAAAUAUGUUGGUUUUUUUUCUUUUUUUUUAUGACACUUUUAAAUAAUGCAAGUAGCUACAACUGUGAAUCCUUGCACAUGUGUAGAAUGUGGACUUGUGUACCUCUCUAAGCAUUGAGAAACAAUGCUGAUUAUAUUGUAUACUUAAAGCACAAACUCUGACAGCCCCCGUGCAUUGUUGUUUUUUUCCCAUUCAAAACAGAAUUGUUCUAUUCAUGGUGUAAGUGAAAAAGUUGAUCCCCAUCACCCAAACUUUUUUACACUUCGAUUUGAAAUGCAUUUUCUGAUUACACAUUUUGGAGAACUUGGGAAAUGGGUAAAAACAAUGCAGUGUUUCUAAAGCUUGAAUUUGUCAUGCCUGAAGCUUGUUCUGUUAAGCAAAUCAUUUUUUUUUUUCUUUCUACAUGAUGUACAGAAAAUGCUAAAAUUACAAGCUCAACUAAUGCAAUUUAUUACUGCUAGUUUUUACACCAAUCUUUUGCAGUAUAAAGAGAUCUAUUUUCUUUUUCCUUGAAAUCUAAGAGUGAAACAAAGUUUAUUGGUUUUCAAUAUAUAGGUUAUUUGCCUGAAACGUGAUUUUUCACUUGUUUGCUUAGAUGUAAUAAAUCUGAAUGUUGAUUUUUAUGCAAGUUUACUAAACAUUCAAAGUGCCUGACAUGCA